AUGCCAACGUCUACAUUAAAAAAUCGGACCACUACUUCUUCUCAACCUACGGAGUCCUCGCCUUUCACUCCAGACAGUGACCAAAUUAGUUUGAUCUUUUCAACUAAAUAUACAUUUCCUGUCAAAAAAUCCAAGAUAAAUUACAAUACUUUACCAAAAUUCAUUGAUGACACUUUAAGAUACUUGAAUACUUUUAAUUAUCCUUAUGACAUGUUUUAUGUCGAAAAUGGAAAGGAGGUUUUGGCUAAGUCGAAAAAUUCGGAUACGAUGAAGAUUUUGAAGAGGCUUUGCGAGAGUGAUACGAAUAUUGAUAAGGUCUAUUUUUUGGCAGAUAAGGAGGUAUGA